AUGGACAGGAGUGAACAACCCAUGGGCUUAGGUGCAGUAGCGCCUGAAGUUAGCUCAGGUGGGAAUAACCAAGGGGACUUAAGUAAUAAGGAAAUCUUGCAGACAUUAAUCUCUUGCAGCCUCAAAGGCUUGAUGCCCAAGCAGGAUAUGGCUAAGUUUGAUGGAGAUUAUACAAAGUACUUUAGGUUCAUCCGCUCAUUCGACGACAUAUUUAGCAGCCAGCUGACAAAUGAUAAGGAAAGGCUGAGGUAUCUGGAUUUAUACACAACAGGUAGGCCAAAUGAGAUAGUGGCAGCUUGCCUCCACUUAGAUGCUUCAGAGGGCUAUAGGCAGGCAAGAAAAUUGCUGGAGGAGCGAUACGGCAACCUUGAGCAAAUAGCCACCGCAUACGUGGAUAAGGUAAUCAAAUGGAAGGACAUGGGGGAGAAUAAUGCAGAGGACUUUGAUGAGUAUGCGGUGAUGCUAAAAACCUGCAGGAAUGCAAUUUCGUGCGUCCCUUAUGGUGUCACCAAAUUGCAGAACCCAAAAACAAUGAGGUUGAUCCUGAGCAAAUUCCCAUCUAGUGUGCGGGACCGAUGGUGUAGAGUUGCCGACAAGAUAAUUAGUGAGAAGAAGCAGACCAUACAGUUUGAUGAUUUUUUAGUUAGUUUCAUUGAAGGGGAAGCUAGGGUCUUAAAAAAUCCCUUGUUUGGACGCCACCUGUUCGAGAGUGUGUUGAGCACCUCCCGCAUACCUAUCGAUGAGUGUGAUGUGAUCAGGGCCGGAGAUCUGGAACGCUGGCCACAUCUGCGAGAAAUAGAUAUCCCAGAUGUGGAUGCCGAAGUGGGUUUUGUUAAUUGGGAACAAUGUUCCUCACUUACUUGA